AUGUCUUCUCCAAAAAAGCGUAUGAAUUUAGAUGUUUAUAAUAUUAUUGAAAUCAAAGACUGGUCGUAUGAUAAUUUAGUAGAAAGGUAUCGUGCGAAUUUAGAGAGGAAAGAUUUGAGCCACGUACUAGAUAAUAUUAAAAAAGAUCUUGUAGUUGUGGCGACUUCAGAAUCUGGAUUUGACGAGGAACGGAAAAAAAAGGGCUCAGGAAAUUAUAGACCAUUGGAAACGCAAGCUGUGACUCUUAGUCCCAGUGACGAACCGUUGGGUUGGAAGACUAUAUCGGAAGAGAGAAAGAUGAACUUGAAACGCGAUUUUUCACACUUUACGAUUGAUAGUUUACGGGUAAAUCAUCAAAUGAUUUCAACAGGAAGUAACGCGAUCCAAAUUAGUGAUAACCGAAAACAUCUUCGAAAUAAUAAUGGCGAAGCUGUAAAUAUUUCUGAUGAAACGAAUAUUGUUUGUGGUCGAGCAUUUCUUCGACUUGCAGAAGAAAAAUUAACCCGUAAGCCAGGUUUAUAUGAGUUAAAGCCAAGUCCGGCUGAAUCAAUAAUGGAGUUGGUAGAAUAG